AUGGCAACACUUUUUAAUGGGUGGGAAAACUAUAGUGAUGAACCAUAUUAUUUUAUGGGAGUCGAUUCCUCGAUAUUUUAUGAGAAUGCGAAUGUCAUAGGUUCGGCUGGUAUGUGGAUGGCAAUUAAUGCAAAUAGAACUAUAACCAUCGAUUUUAUGUCUAAUCGACCCAUCAAUGGCACUGUUGAUUGGAAGAAAUAUGAAAAUAUUUUAGAUGUUCCCAAUAAUACUAUAAGUCUUCUCUUUGGCGUUUUCUUAGCUGGAGAUGGGCAAAUUUGGGUCAAUCAAUUCGAAUUUAACACAGUCGACGAAAGUCAAGUUCUAACUACUAACUAUAGUGUAUAUUCUACAAAUGCAACAACAUAUCCUGGACAACUCGAUCAUCCAAUUAAUCUCUUUACAUCAUAUCCUGUGACUACUGCUACUGUUGUUAAUGACAAUACCAAUACCAAGGUUACCAAGGACUCCAGAGUGAUUAUUAGUAUCACAAUAGCUAAAUUUGCAAUUGAUAUUCCAGCAAAUUUAUCAGUGGCCCAAUUGAGUUUAAGAUAUAAAGAUUCAGGAUUUUCUUUCGUACACUUUGCCUGGUAUACUGAAACUGCUAUAAUCUUUCGUCUAUUUCAACUUCCACAUAAAAUAAAUUCUUCUAUUCUCUUAUCAGAUGAGUGGUAUAGCGCUGGUGAUGAACAAUAUUAUAUUGUGGGAGUCGAUUCCUCGAUAUUUUAUGAGAAUGCGACCGGAACAAGUGGAUUUGUAAAAUCGGAUCCAAUCUUCGAAGGGAGAUUAUCUAAUUUUUUUGGUACUAUGGCACAAAGAUUUUUUCCUCGAGACUUUUUGGGCAAACGACUUCGAUUAACAAGCUUCGUGAAAUCCAAUAAUGUCACAGGUUGGGCUGGUAUGUGGAUGCGAAUUGAUACAAAUAUAACUCAAACUCUCGAUAAUAUGUAUUAUCGACCUAUCACUGGCACUGUUGAUUGGAAGAAAUAUGAAAGUAUUUUAGAUGUUCCCAAUAAUACGGUCAGUCUUCUCUUUGGGGUUUUAUUAUCUGGUGAUGGGGAAGUUUGGUUCAAUCAAUUCGAAUUUAAUACAGUCGACGAAAGUCAAGUUCUAACUACUAACUAUAGUGUUUAUCCUAUAAAUGGAACAACAUAUUCUGGACAAACUCGAUCAUCCAAUUAA